AUGAAUGAAAUUAAUAUUAAUGGGACUAUUUAUAGUGAUCCGGUGUGCAUGAAGAAAGAAAUUAUGAAGGCGUUCAAAGAGAAAUUUAGCGAACCUAUGAAGAAAAGGCCGACUUUAAUGGUCAACGAUUUUCGUCAUAGCUCGUUGAAUCAAUCAAGGGCUCUGACGGUCCGAUUCUCGGUGGAGGAGAUUAAGAAGGUUAUUUGGGAGUGUGGGGGAGACAAGGCGCCAGGACCGGAUGGCUUUACAUUUUUAUUCGUGAAGUGGUUUUGGGAGUUGCUAAAACCGAGAUUCAUGGAAUUGAUGUUUCAAUUUUAUGAGUCGGGUAGGAUUAAUUUUGGAUUGUAUAAAGUCAUUGCAAAAGCGCUUGCUAAUAGAUUAAAAGGGGUGAUGUCUACGAUUUCUUCAACAUCACAAUCGGCUUUUGUGGAAAAUAGAAAUAUUUUUGAUGGUCCCUUAAUGCUUAUGGGGUUUCCUAAACGGUGGAGGAGGUGGAUUAGAGCGUGCUUAUUGUCUAGUAUGGGAUCCGUUCUGGUUAACGGUUCUCCGACUAAAGAAUUUCAUCUUCAAAGGGGUCUUAGGCAAUGA